CGACGAUCUAGCGUACCUGCCAAGAUGAGUGCAUUGAUGUCUUCGGCCGCUGAUGUACUUCUACGCGUUAUAGCGCGAAACACCGGAUAUAACAACGUCGAAAAGUGGGAAGUUCAGCGAUACCGUGAAGGUGGCAGAUACAGCGUAUUCCCAAGCGGCGAGCUGCACGUCCGCCACGUCACCCAGGCAGAUGGUAUGGGGGACUACCGGUGUCGCACCAGACACAGGCUCACAGGAGAGACCAAGCUCAGCUCGUUUGGACGCCUCGUAGUUACAGAUCUCAAGGUGAACGUUCUGCCUCGAAUCAGCAAUAUUCACACGACAGUAACAGCACAGGAACUUGACACCGUCCAGAUGCCCUGCGCCGCCCAAGGCUAUCCUGCACCAAAGUACACGUGGCAGCGACUGUCGAGAGAUGAUGGCACACCCGUUCAUGUAGGAAACAACGGGAGAGUGGAGCCAUUGGACGGGUCACUUAUCAUUCGAAAGAUUACCUCGGAGGACAGUGGACGAUAUUUAUGCACUGUCAGCAACGGAGUUGGCGAAGAAACAGCUCACAUCACCCUCCAAGUGCACGCCCCACUGGAGGUGAAGCUCAUCCCCGAUGUACUGACGGCGCACGUCGGCUCGUCGGCGACACUGAACUGUUCCGUCACCGGUCGUCCAGUCAUCAACGUGCACUGGUUGAAAGAUGGUCGCCCACUCAUGGGAGACCACAUGAGGGUCCUCUUUCUUGAACAGCACCGCGUGGUCCUCAUCAAGAAUGUCGAAGCUAGCGACGCGGGGAUGUACCAGUGUUUUGUAUCGAACGCCGACGACGAGGCGCAGGGCCAAACUCAAGUCGUACUUGGAGAUUCGGCACCUGUCCUGCUUGAGUCAUUCCGCGAGCACACGCACCAAGUGGGAGACCACCUGCAGCUGAAAUGUGAAGCGACGGGUUCCCCUGAGCCUAGAAUCAGCUGGAGCGUCGAUGACAUUCCCGUCACGCGCGCCUCUUCCAACAGGAUUGUCAUCAACGAGGCAACAAGGGGUGAAGGCCACCUCUCCAGCAGUAUCACCGUCAGCCGAAUGAAGCUGGAGGAUGGAGGCCUAUGGCAGUGCGAGGCGGUAAAUACGGCGGGUCGCGCCGCCUCUGCCGCACGUGUGAACGUGCAAGGUCCUCUCGCUGUUCGUCCGUUUCCCAGCAACCGUACAGCUGUAGCCAUGGACACACUCCAGUUGCACUGUCGGGUCCUCGGUUACCCCAUAGAGGCUGUGCUAUGGGAAAAAGACGGCCGCAAGUUGCCAUUUCACCACAGACAGCGCGUCUUCCCGAACGGAACGCUGCACAUCCUCACAACGGCUGUUUCAGACGCAGGAGAGUACACAUGCAUCGCAAAGAAUGCCCAGGGACAGUCUGCCAGGGCUAAGCUGUCUCUCUCCGUCAAAGUGCCUCCGCUGAUCGAACGGUUCGCCUUCGACGAACACUUGUACGAAGGCAUGAGGACCCGAAUCUACUGCAAUAUCGCCCGCGGGGAUCCACCCGUCAGCAUCGCCUGGUUUCGAGAUGGUCACCCCGUGCGCGGUUCUGCGGAUCUUCAAGUGAGAGUUCUCGACGCGUUCUCCGUUGCCCUAGUCAUCGAAUCUCUCAGCCCAAGGCACAACGGGAAUUACACUUGCGUGGCGUCGAAUCCAGCGGCGACGGUGAACUACACGGCAGAGCUUCGUGUGCACGUUCCACCCCAUUGGUUAAAGGAACCGGUGGACACGUCAGCAGUGGAGGGAAGAAGCGUCAACAUGGACUGCAUGGCAGAUGGUCAUCCAGCUCCCAGGGUUACAUGGCAGAGGGGUCUAGAGCCAAGUUCGACGGAGUACAGGCAGAUACUGAGUGGACCGGACUACCAGGUGUUUGAGAACGGAACCUUGAGGAUAUCGCAGGUGCAGCGCUCAGAUCAAGGCUCCUACCUAUGCCAAGCAGCGAAUGGCGUCGGCACAGGACUGAGUACUGUCAUUCAGCUCAAGGUCAAUGUGCCAGCUCGGUUCGUGGAAUCCUACAGAAACGAGACAGUGCGGAGAGGUAGGAGCAUCAAUCUGCGUUGCCGUGCUCUCGGCGAUGCUCCCAUGAAGAUUCGGUGGACGAGAAGCGGUCGAGAGCUGCAGGCACACAAAAGCCUGAAGAUUAAAGAAGAGGUCACCGAAGAUGGCAUGACGUCGGUGAUGUCCAUCAGUUCAGCGGAGCGAGAGCACUCUGGGAUCUUCACCUGCGAAGUGACAAACUCCUUCGGACAUGACGAGACGCAGCUCAGGCUUCUCGUCCAAGAGCCUCCAGAAGUACCGUCGGACUUUAAUGUGACAAGCGUGGGAAGCCGAUCCGUUAGCCUGCUCUGGAAUGAGCCGUACCAUGGCAAUAGCCCUAUCACAUCUUACUUGUUGCAGUUCAAGAACGCAUCCGAGAGCUGGCAAAGCCGAGGCGUACAGAACGUCACAGUGACCCGUGACCAGACAUCUUGGUCGGUGCGUGGUCUCUUGCCGUCCUGUCACUAUCACUUUCGUGCUGCCGCCCUCAACGUUAUUGGUCAGGGGCCAUACACUUCGCCUGCGCUAAACGUCAUCACUGAUGAAGAAGUCCCAGGCAGUCCACCUACGCGAGUGUAUGUACAAACUUUGGGACCACAGUCACUGAAGGUCACAUGGCAUCCGCCGGUUCGCGAACUAAGACACGGAACUAUCAAGGGCUACUACGUAGGGUACAAGCUUUACAAUUCAUCCGAUUUGCAUCUCUAUAAAACAAUAGAAGCCAGAGGCGACGACUUCGAAGCGCCGGCGGAAUGUGUGCUCAACAACCUCAAGACUUUCACCAAGUACAGCAUCCUGGUACAAGCCUACAAUAGCAUCGGCGCUGGGCCCAGAUCGGAUGAAAUUAUCGUGCAAACUGCUGAAGAUGUUCCGCACGUGGCACCGACGGACGUGUCAUGUAGUCCGACAUCCCCGUCCAGCCUCAAGGUUACGUGGAAGGAAGUGCCGGGGAGUCACCUGAACGGAGCCCACAAAGGGUAUAAGGCUGUUCUUCGUGAAGUCGCUCCGGAAGCUGAGGAGCGUGAGAAAGAAGUUGGUUCCAGCGCAACAGCAGCGGUUAUGGACCGGCUGGGUCCCUACACGAACUACAGUGUCCAAGUAGCCGCUGUUACCGGCGCGGGUACGGGGAGGUUCAGCAGCCCCCGCUACUGUAGGACACCAGAAGCUGUUCCAGAAGCCCCAGAGGACAUCAAAGCGCUAGUCCUAGCACCGGAUGCGAUCUUGGUGAGCUGGAAGCCUCCGAGGUUGCCGAACGGCAUCGUUCAGAAGUACACCGUCUACUCCAGGUCUCACGGCUACGGAAAACAGGCAGCAGCGACUCGCCACGUGCCAGUGCCUUCUUCGCAAUUCUGGCACGAGACGCGAGGUCUCCGCACGGGCCUUCGAUACGACUUCUGGGUAACGGCGUCGACGUCGGCGGGAGAAGGUCCUGCAACACGCAUCGUCACGCAGAGUCCCGACAUACGAGCUCCAGCCCGCAUAGCAUCUUUCAGCAAAGAAAUGAGAGUUCCCUCCAAGCAAGACCUGGAACUUCCCUGCAGAGCAGCCGGGCAGCCUACUCCUGCCAGGGAAUGGAGGCGAAGAGAUCGUCCGGUGUCGGACAGCGAACGGAUAAAGCUCCUGCCGUCUGGGACCCUUCGAAUCGACAGCAUAGAGCAGGACGACUCUGGAAACUACAGCUGCGUCGUCCACAACCUCUACGGCAGGGACGCCAUUCUCUACAGUGUCUUUAUCGCGGCUCCCUUGAGGCCGUCGUCACUUGUGGUGCUCUCGACGAGCUUCAAAAGUAUUACGCUUUCCUGGCAAAGCAAGAUUGCGCUUGAUGGCUCCAGCGCGCCUUUUGUAAAAGAAUACGAGCUGCACUACAAACGACAGCAGGGUGAAUGGGAUAUGGUUCGCUUCUCUCCCGAAAAAGGAAACGGGACGCAAGUGCACGAGCUCGGCGCGUUAUUCUGCGGUAGCCAGUACCACCUUUACCUCGUCGCCGUGGGUGAUCGCGGUCGGAGUGACCCCAGCGACACUGUGUUCGCAAGGACGAGGGGAGGCAUCCCCUUGGCUCCUAAGCAAGAAACAUUCCUGUGGGCGAACGCCACUUCGCUCACUAUGCGACCGGGCACGUGGAACGAAGGCGGCUGCCCCAUCACCCACCUCUCCGUGGAGUACAGGGCACGAGGUCCCGGACCGGGGCCCUGGCUCGUCGCGUCUAGGGCGCUCACUCCUCGCGAGGGCCCCAUGACGCUGCACGACCUUCGGCCAGACACGUGGUACAGCGUCCGCGUGACGGCAUUUAGCGAGGCUGGGCCCACGGUAGCGGAGUAUACCGUCCGUACGCAGUCAAUGCCUCCUGCGCCACAUGCCACAUUCCUCCCUGAGCUGAUGGUGCAUUCUUCCGGAGGGGCCGAGGACCUCUCCUUUGUGGUGCCUUUGGCGACGUCGCUCGCUGUGGCGGCUGCCGCUUCUGCCCUCGUGCUCCUCUACGUCUGCUGUCGGCACAGGUCAAGGGGAGCGGCCCUCUUCAAAAGUCCCGAUUCAGGAUGCCAGUCGGGAAGAGUCGAAGCGUGUGCAGAGACUGCCCUCAUGAAGCGUGGCAGCCAAGACGUGCUGUCGACGGCCUCUGGGCGUCAGAUCUCUUACCUUGCUUCUCCGUCCAGAAGAUCCGUUGCACCAACGGGAAGUCCAACUCACACGAGACACAGCAUAGGCUCAAUAGAAGACAUAUCACAUUACACAUCGUUCGGUGACAAUCAAUCACGAUCGAAUAAUGCCAGAGUUAUGCUCAAAAAAUCGCAGGACUCUCAGUCCACAAAUACGAGGUCUAAAAAGCCAGCAUCUUCACAAAAGCUCACAAACGCUGAAGAUAUGCAGAGAAAAGAAAAGUCCACAUCAGUUCAUACUCCAGGUGCACAGAGUAAUCACUACGAUAACCCCAGGGCAGCCAAAAAUACUGGAUGUCUAAAAAGUUGGACACCAGCGGACAAAGGGAGCAGGCCCUUUGUCAUACCGCAAGAAACAAAGUCUGCUCUAGAAAUGGAGCAAGAAGGUGGCUCUCCCCAGUGGUCAAGGGCGAGACGAGACAGCGGGAAGUUUAUAAACUCAAAUGCAGCAAUAAUAGAGAAAACUUACUUUUUCCAUGAAGAUGACUUGCAUGGUGAUGAAGUGGAAGGUUACUGUGUCUCUUUAUCGCCGAGGCUAGGAAUGAAAUACUCAUGAGAAACAAUUUUUAUAUACAAAGCACUGCUCACAGGAUGCCUGAAGAAACAAUAGUGACAAAACUACAUGGGAUGCAAGUGUUCUCUACAUGCCCGUGGCCAGAUGGCACAUGCUCACCUGGACAAAGCAUAUCUUCCAAAUACUAUGUACAGUAUUACGUGUCUCAAGUACAGCAUCUAAGGCAGUGUUGUCUUGAGACACACGACAUUUUAAGACACGACACUUUGUGGCACGACGGUUUGUUUAGAGAAACGACAUGUAUAAAGUUCUGUAUAAAAAAAAAACGGGUUCUCUUAUCUUUUUUUUUUAUUUUGCAAAAUGUCCCUUCAAAGUACAAAUAAAGGAAUGCUUAU